GGAAUAGCCAUGGUGUAUUUUGUCAUUUUGUGUAAUAACCAUAACCUCAAAAUUUCAAUCAAUUUGAUUUGAUAUGAGUGAAUGGAUUUUAAAAAAAUAAAUCUGAAUGCUUAUUAAUUAGAUUUUAUAUAGAAUAAAAAAUGAAUUUAAAUAAAUUAAACAUAAUAUGGAGGCAAAAUUCAUCCAAGAAAAAUCUAUUAUUUCCAGUGUGUCACCAAAAGUAUUCAUAUGCCUACAAAAGUACGGGAAAAGACAGUAGUUCAAGUAGUAGCAGUAGCAGCUCUAGUUCAGAUAGUGAUCUAGGUUUACCAUCUAAACAAGACACAGAAAAUAAAAAUAAAGAAACUAUUAACAAACUCAAUAGUCUUUUACAACAAUUAAUUCAAAAUGAUGAGGUUGCUAAGAGUUCCAACUUAGUGUUGGCUAGACCAAAAAAUAAGAGACUUUCAAAGGAAGAAAGGCAAGCAAAAAGAGUAGAAAGCGUUGAAACCAAAUUGGUAAAAGCAGUGUCAGAAGUGGCAAAGGAUAUAGGUGGUGAUACAAAACAAACUGAAUCAGAAUUACUAUCUAAACUCUUGGGCCCCGGUGACAGUACACCAUCUUCUAAAAGUUUAAAUGAUAUUGUCAAAGGAAUGAAAAUUGACAGAGAGGUAAAAUCAGCUGAAAAAUCGAGAGCUGAACAAAUUAGAAAUAUCCUACAAAAUAUGCAACAAAAACAACAGCAAGAUCCUAGGAAACCUCUAUCUCAAGUGAGGAAACCACAGCAGCCAUUUAAACCUAAACAAGAAAUAGUAGUACAAAAAAUCGACCUCUUUGGUAGCAAGCCUUUAGGUAUCUUUACCAACAAGGACAUGCAAGAGAAUGAAACAAAUACUUGGCAGAAGUUAUACGAACGGGAUUUAAAAUUAGCAACCACACAUCCUCCGUCAAAUUAUUUCCAACAAAUGAUUUUGUGGACAGAACAAGGGAAACUCUGGAAGUUUCCCAUAGACAAUGAACAAGAUUUAGAAGAAGAAAAGAAAGUAGAUUUCUCAAAACAUAUAUUCCUUGAAGAGCAUUUGGAACCGUGGUGUCCCCAAAAAGGGCCGAUAAGACAUUUUAUGGAGUUAGUUUGUGUUGGUCUUUCAAAAAAUCCAUAUCUAACGGUAGAAGCUAAAAUUGAACAUAUAGACUGGUACAAAAAUUAUUUUGAAGAAAAGAAGAAACUAUUGCAAGAAGUUGGAGCCUUUCCUACUGAAGAUCAAGGUCAAAAACAAAAACAUAUAGAAUAAUAGAUGUACUACUAAAUGAAUAAAAUGUAUGUUCUUUA